AUGGACUUUCUCCAUGGUGUUGGUAAUUUCUUGUGGACGACCACAUCUGCUGCUGGUAACCUCGGAUAUAGCACUUCCAAGGCAAUCUCGGAACAAAUCUUUGGUCGAUCCAGUUCUGGAAGUAAUACCACUAAUAUUAGUAGUAAUGGAUGGAUAAACAGCCUCUGGUACGGUUCAAACCCAUCUUCUGUAACAAGUGAUCCCCGGGGAUGUGGUAGCAACCCUCAGUUUGAUGUCAGACGUAAAGACAUUGUUAUGAUGUGGAGUCGAGUCGGUAGCAAUUUUGUUAGGGUCGCUGGACUUUCUGGAGCACUUGCUGUCAGUAUGGGGGCCUACGGGGCACAUGUGUUUCAUCCAAGCAAAGGAGACGAAGAACUGAAACAAGUAUUUGAGAUUGGCAAUAAGAUGCAUCUUAUUCAUUCUGCUGCUCUCCUUGCUGUUCCAAUGACGCAUCGACCAGUGAUGGCUGGAUUUCUUAUGAGUGUUGGCAUGUUGCUUUUUUGUGGCAGUUGCUAUUAUCAUGCAAUUACUGGAGACAAAAGUAUUCGAUGGAUAACUCCUUAUGGUGGGGCGCUGUUGAUUUUUGGAUGGGUAUCCAUUGCUAUCUGA